AUGAAAGCCAUACUGCAAAGGGUAAUUUCUGCCUCUGUCACUGUUGACAGGCAAGUCGUUUCUUCUAUUGGAAAGGGCAUACUGGUACUUGCUGCCGUUGCUCCGGGUGACACAGAGAAGGAGGUUGAUGCCCUGGCUGCCAAAGUUAUCAAAAUGAGGCUAUGGGAUGACGAAGAAACGGGCGGCAGGUGGAAGCACAAUGUGCAGGAUAUAUCUGGAGAUGUUCUUUGCGUCUCCCAAUUUACACUCUUGGCAAAUACCAAGAAGGGUUCAAAACCAGACUUCCAUGGCGCGAUGGGAGGGGAGCAGGCGAAAGAACUCUACCAGCGAUUUGUGUUGAAGGUAGGGGAGGGAUAUAAUCCCGAGAAGGUGAAGGACGGCGUAUUUCAAGCUAUGAUGGAAGUGGCUCUGAUCAAUGAUGGACCCGUUACCUUUGAAAUGUCUGUCGAGCCUAAUAAACCUGCUGAGCCUAAGAAGCCUUGA